GAACGAGUCCCGACGCAGCCGUAUAAGACGAGCCCCUCUCUGCCUGGUCUCCACAGUCUCUGCCUCGCGCUCAACAGGUCGUUCUAUCCGUACAGCCAUGAAGAAAAUUAUCACGGUGUUUGGGGCCACAGGGGCUCAGGGAGGCUCGGUAGCGAAAGCUCUCCUGGAGGACGGCACCUUCGCCGUCAGGGCCGUGACCCGCGACACCAGCAAGCCGGCGGCCCUGAAGCUGAAAGAGGCCGGGGCGGGGGUGGUGGCUGCCGACCUGGAGGACAAGAAGAGCCUGGAGGCCGCCCUGACCGGAGCCUACGGAGCCUUCGUGGUCACCAACUUCUGGGAGCAUUUCAGCAAGGAAAAGGAAAUCACGCAGGGAAAAGUGAUCGCAGAUCUCUCCAAAAGCCUAGGAGUGAAGCACGUGGUCUACAGCGGCUUGGAAAACGUCAAGAAACUGACCGGGGGCAAACUGGAGGUUCUUCACUUUGAUGGCAAAGGCGAGGUGGAGGAAUACUUCCGAGCCAUCGGGGUCCCAAUGACCAGCGUGAGGCUAGCUUUCUACUACGAGAACCUGCUGACCUUCUUCAGGCCUCAAAAGUCGCAGGACGGAAAGACCUACGCUUUGAGUCUCCCGGCGGGUGAUGUCCCAUUGGACGGGAUAUCGGUGACGGAUCUGGGUCCAGUGGUGGUCAGCAUCCUCAAGUCCCCGUCGGAAUACAUAGGGAAAGAUAUCGGACUCAGCACAGACAAGCUAACAGUGGAGCAAUACGCAGCCAUCCUGUCCAAGGUUAUCGGCAAGACCAUCAAAGAUGCUAAGGUUUCUCCCGACGCCUAUGAGAAAUUCGAAUUUGCAGGCGUGAAGGAAAUGGCCGACAUGUUCCGGUUCUACAUGAUGAGACCCGACCGGGACGUGGAGCUCACGCUCAAACUCAACCCCAAAGCAAAAAGGUUCCAGCAAUGGUUGGAGGAGAACAAGGACGCCUUGAAGGACUUGUAAUCGGUAUAACAUAAUCGCUCAGAACUUUUUUUAUACUUUUUCGGUCAUUGGAAUCGUUUUGCGGACACUAAACCCCAAAAUUCUAACUUUUAUAUGUUUUAUAUAAUAAACAGAAGGUUCUGACUCUUGGGCGUCAAA